GGGGCGCGCUCCUCAGCAGCACUUCAGGCGGCGGGAAGGGGCGAUGUGAGGCGUGUGCGGCCGUGCGCCUGGCACGCUGGAGAGCGCGCCGGCGGCCAGGCGAAGGAGCGCUCCGACGCCGCGCAGCCCGAGCGAUUAGGCGGGACGGGCUCGGGGCUGGGUUUCCCCCUCGCCUCUGGCGGCGGAGGUCUCACUUUCCUGGCUCUUCUUUUUCGAAGCGCGCCUUUUCUUCCCUUUGUCACUCCCUCCGCCCAUGUCUUGGCUUCCUCGCUGUGGAUGGCAGGAGGGAGGCGAGGGGAGGCAAGAGGAGGGAGAAGGCGGGGAAGCUGCCACUCGGGCGCGGCGGCGGAUAAGCGGGUCGGGGCUGCGCCUGCCUCCAGCCACCCCCUGAGCCCGUCGGGUGGAGCAUGAAGCACCAUGGUGUGGUGCGACCGGGGGGUCCAGAUGCUGCUGACCACGGUGGGCGCCUUCGCUGCCUUCAGCCUCAUGACCAUUGCCAUCGGCACCGACUACUGGCUCUACUCGAGCGCCAACAUCUGCAACGGCACCAACGUGACCACCCCGGACGACACCUCGCAGAGCCUGCCCAAGAAGGUGAAAGGGGACCUCACCCACUCCGGGCUGUGGAGGAUCUGCUGUAUUGAAGGAAUAUAUAAAGGACACUGUUUUCGAAUCAACCACUUCCCUGAAGACAAUGACUACGAUCAUGAUAGUUCUGAGUACCUCCUCCGUAUUGUCCGUGCCUCCAGUGUCUUUCCUAUACUGAGUACAAUAUUACUGUUACUUGGAGGGCUCUGCAUUGGAAUUGGGAGGAUUUAUAGCAGCAAAAACAACAUUGUCCUCAGUGCUGGGAUUCUUUUUGUUGCAGCAGGAUUGAGUAACAUUAUAGGAAUAAUUGUCUACAUAUCAAGCAAUGCAGGUGAUCCUAGCGAUAAACGGGAUGAGGACAAAAAGAACCAAUACAAUUAUGGCUGGUCUUUUUAUUUUGGAGCCUUGUCUUUCAUUGUGGCAGAGACUGUUGGUGUUCUAGCUGUGAACAUUUAUAUUGAAAAAAACAAAGAACUGAGGUUUAAGACCAAGAGGGAGUUCCUUAAGACUUCUUCCUCUUCUCCUUAUGCCAGGAUGCCAAGCUAUAGAUACAGGAGGAGGCGGUCCAGAUCAAGUUCAAGAUCUACAGAGCCUUCUCCAUCCAGGGAUGUUUCUCCCGUUGGCAUGAAGAUAGCAAGUUCUGUCCCCAUGAAUGAAAUCUCCAUGUACACAUUGUCCAGAGAGCCCUUGAAGGUCACAACACCUGCGAGUUACAAUAUGGAACAAGAUGCUAGUUUUCUUCAAGUCCACAAUUUCCUUCAAAAGGAAUUCAAAGAAGGACUUCAUAUCAACAUGGUCAACAGGAGAACAACACCUGUUUGAAUGGACUGCUUGCUUUGCUGAAACCAACAAAAAGAAACAUAUCAAAACAUACAUCUUUUUAUACAUGAACAGGUGGAUUUUGAAAAUAAAAUAGGCUUUAACACACAACAAGAUAAAAUCAUGUGGUUGCAAGCAGAGAUACUGAAAUACUAAAAUUUCAUGAAGAUACAGAACACAUUUCUAUCUGAUUUUUAUAAGCUCUAUAAGAAUUUGUUUAAAGUUCUCAGUGUUACAAAAAAAAUUAAAAUCAGCAGCUCUUGGCCUAGCACUUUUGUAGUAUGUACAGUGUAAUUUGUGAAAUGGAAAAUGUUUUUAGCUAUAGUAGUUUUUAGAGAAUUUUAGUGUGGGCUUUUUUCUUUGUCACUGUCUCCUGGGACAGAUUAAUCACAAAUGUAGCCUAGUGCCUCUGAGCUGCAACAAGAGAGAAUAGCUUUUCCCCCAGAAGCAAUUUUGUCGUAGAGAAAAAGGCAAGACUGUUUGACACCAGCAUGAAACUAUAGUGUAUCAUGUUACUCUGUGUGAGACUUUUACAGGGAGAUGGGUAAGAAAAAAUGGAAUCAAGUUCUGUUAUUGAGCCUUAUGCACACUUGAGGGGAAAAUAAUCUGGUUUCUUAAUUAAGGUGAUUUAUGUUGCAAUAUGCCUUGCUCUAAAUGGCCCAGGCUAACCCAGUCUCAUGAGAUCUUAGAAGCUAAGAAGGGUUAGCUCUGGUUAGUACUUGGAUGAAAGCCUGCCAAGGAAGUCCGUGUGUGCUAUGCAGAGGCAGGCAAUGGCUUACCAUAUCUGAACAUCUCUUGCCUUGAAAAUCUACAGAGGGCCAUCUUAAGUUGGCUGCAACUUGACGACACUUUCCACCACCAUUUUGCAAUAAAAAUGCCUGAGGAGAGAAAGUGCAAUAGGUUUUGCUACAAAUGAGUUGUUAAGGUGAUCAGUGUGGGAAAGGAACAUUGUUCCCUCCCCAUCAGAAUGGAGGAGUGAGUGUAUCACCAAACUAUUUAAUGCCCUUGCAUUUUUUCUGUGACUUGUUUGGUGUACACAUGCUCAAGCACUAUUUUUAGAUAAAGAAUUUCUUUUUUUAAAAAAAUGCCAUGCAUUCCCCAUUCUAAUCAGCUAAUAACGUACUAGCCACAUCUUCCAUGGAGCAGAAAAACCUGACCUCCAAUAUGAAAAGCAAAUGAAUACAUAAAUAAAUAAAAAUAGGACCAAAUUUAUAGAGGUAGAGUUUAAACUUCCACAUCAUAAAGAAGAAAUGCUGCCCGUUCCUAAGCCCAGAAUCAUGCCUUUCAGAAGCCUCAUUCCGGCAAAAUUUAUAUGCAGGAAUGAAACUAGACACCUAGUGCAAUGAAGAUAUACUAUACUGAGUCAAAUUCCUGCCCUAACUGGCUCAGUACUCUCUGCUCUAGAUUAGCAGGUCUCUAGGGUAUUUGGUAGAGAGCAUUCCAGGGCUGCUUCCAAGAUUCUUUAGCCUGAGAUGUUAGGCAUUAUUCUACAUGCAAAGUAUGUCCUUAAAAUUAGUCAUGGAUAUGAUGCUUAGAGUAAAACUAGGAAAUCUCAGAAUUGAAGGUGCCCGUCCAUUCCAUUUAAUCAGUGGCUUAAGCAGCACACCAUUAGUACCGUUGCUGUCUGAUUACAUUUGUCCAAUUCAAUUAUCAAGUCAUAUGCAAAGUGAAAGUUAAAGCAUAUUAUUGGGUUCCGUUUUCACUUCACAGUGUUGGCUGACCUAAAAAGAGGCAAUUUUAGAAACGUUUGCAGACUCUGACAGCUCAGACUUUUAAAAACAGAAAUGAACUGAUGUUUGAGUGGAGAUGCCUCUUACAAACAUAAAAAUGCCAUGCUGCAGCAGACCAAGAUCUGUCUAUACCAACAACUUGUCUCUGACAUUGCCAAAAUCAGGCUAUUUCUUGGAGUUGGUUUUAAAAUAUAUUUUAAGCUAAUGUAAGCCACCCUCAGCUCGUCCAAUAGGGAAGAGAUGUCUAAAAGUCUGAUAAAUAAAAUAAAUAAUCUGGUAAUCAGUUUCAGAGGGUAGCUGUGUUGGUCUGUAGUAGUAAUCAAAUAUUCCCUCACUCUGCAUUGGAAAGUUCCUUCUAGGUAACUUGACGAAUAGCUAUUAGUAAAAUUCUGCUCCAUUAAUGUAUCUAACCCUCUCUUUUUAAAUCUAGUAGCCACCACAUCUUGUCCUGCUAUUAUCUAUUCUUUUAUUUACAAGAAAGUCAUUUUGAGGGUAACGAAAUUUUAUUUCAUGCUUUGUUAAAACUUUUGGAGAUUUUAUUUUGCCACAUACAUCUUUACAUUUUCAAAUGAUAAGUUAUGUCUUACUUUAGGAGGCUUUCCUAAAAUUUAAAACCAUGGUUAUGAUAAGGGAUAAAAGAAAAUAUGAAGAAGCAAUCUGUGUCAUAAGUGUGUGCUGACUAUUUUAUACCUCUUCUAGUCACUGUAGUGCAAUUUUCCUUAGUUAUUUUUUUCCAUUGUGUUAAUAAAAUAAUUGGCAUAGUUUAGUAUUCAUUUGUGUUUGCUGUAAUUUAAUAUCCAUAGAUAAGGGAAAGAUAUAUUUCUCUUUCAAAAGAUUUAUGUAGGGUUGUCUUUUUAAGAAUUGUCUGCAUAGAAAUGAAAGCUUACAGUGUGAACUGUGAUUUUCUUUUUUUCAAAAAGGAAUUUAUAUAUAUAUAUAAACCAUAUACUUUCAGUGGCAACAUUUCUGUUAACUUUUGACUUGAAUCUGCUUAAUUGUGCAUGUAUAGAUGUACAAUUUAUUUUUCACUGGUGUCUAGCGAAAAUCUUGUUUGAGUGCUCCAGGUUUCAUUUCUUGUGCUUUGUUGGGCUUACUGUGUAGCACUGUUGUAUAAAUGAAUCAUUGGGAGAUGGUGACUUGAUUCAAGCAUAAUACAAAACCAUAGUUUAAUCACAUUAACGCUGCUUAGUGUGAUUGGCCAAACAUGGGCCCAUUGUGGUUCAUUUGAGUACAUCAAACCAAGGUAUAUGAACCUACGAAUCUGGACCAUAGUUUUUCACAAUAACAGUUUAACGUGACACACAAAAUCUGACUUAAUCCUGGCUUGUUUCCUGGUGGUCCCCUUUGCCAGGAUAGUACCCAGGUCUCUUCAAUGAGAUAUCUUCCAUUCACAGAAAUGUUUUUCUCACUCAGUAUAAUAGAAUUCUAGAAUGCAGCCCAGGGUUGGUUUUUAAAAAACAUAUUCAUUAAUAUCAAAAUAUCAGUCAGAACUUUGUACAAAUGCUGAAUAUCAUCCACCAAGAAUUGCUAUUGCGUAUGAAUGCGGUUUCAUUUCAUUCCUUGGGCUUUGUGGGGUUUUGAAAAACAUUUUUUACCCAUAAAGGCAAGGUUGUUUAUUUUAAUUAUUUUAAUACAGUGUUCACUGUGCAUUUCUUGUUCAGGUGUGUCCCAGACUGCAGUCCUGUAAUCAGUGAUGUACUUCUAAGUAUGAUGAUGCACCCCGAAAAUGGUGAAAGAGAACCCAAACAGGAAAAGAAUUCUCAAAGUGAAGUUUGAGGCUGUAUCUGCCAAGUUCAAUAAAGUCAAUUAAGUGUUGCUACCGUA